AGCCAUUUUGAACCCUUCAUUUCUAUUCUACAAUUGAGAAAAAAAAAUCUUUGUGAAAUAAGACUAAAGUGUGUAGUGGAUAUGAGUUACAAUACAAGAUCAAGAGGGAAGAUGUAUGGGGGAACUAUUGAGGCAAUGCCUGGACAUCCAGAAACAAGGGGUGUGGUCAGUUCUCGCUCAAAACAGGAAAAGGUGUUUUCAGAUCCUCAGUCUGUUUCCCCAGCUUCACCAUUUUAUGAGAGUUUUAAAACAUUUGGACUUCAGGAUGAACCGCCUGAUUAUAUUAAGAAUCCUGAUGCUCCAAAGAAGAAUGGCACAUCUUGUGUUAUCACUGGUAACACCCCUGGAAAGAAUAAAGUCAUGGCUCCAAGAAGUGAAGACAUUUCAACCAGACUGCCCGAGAAAGACUUGUCGGAGAAAGAUGAAACGAUAGAAGAUUACAAACUGACAACCAAUGUCACAAUAGAUCUCUUAGAUCAGAUGAUAAAUGAUCAUGGCAUCAGUACGAGUUUUGGUCAGCAUGUGGAUGUGAGGGUGUCGGAACCACAGUCUUUACCACAGCAACAGUUCCAAGUGGCAGAACAUCAGAACCAGGAUGUAGAAUCACAGGCUCUUCCCAUCAAAGAGCUGACCCUUUUUGAUAACCAGACUUCUGUGUAUCACGAUCUAACUGGUCAAGAAUGCAGUCCAAGUACUGGUAAAUGCCAGAGCCAGGGUGUUGGUUACCAGGUUGAAGAUGAAAGAUUGGAUGUAGAUACUUCUACCUACCUCUCAGAAGCCAACAAAGCUUUGCAUGAUGAUAUUGCCAUGAUAAACACAGAGAUUGAUACAUGUACUGACACAGAGUUGUCAGAGUACCUGAUGGGAAUUGACAAUGCCACUGAGCAGGAAAUGACCUGUGGGGAUUUAAUGUUGGAAUUACCCCUGGACAGCUGUGUUCUAGAUGCCAUUAUCUAUGGAACAGAAAAGGCUGUUGGUGAACUGGCAAACAAUCAUAAAAAUGAAAUCUUGAACACUGGUGUCCAUGGAGUGUAUACUGACCCGAGAUUUGAGGUUUUGAAAUCAGAGUUCCAGGAUCCCCCCAGUAUUUACUCCACACUCCUUGGAAAGGGCACAUUUGGAGUGGCCAUCAAGUGCAUUGUAUCAGAUGAUUUUGUGUUUGUAAAAAAGAAGGUGACACAGAAGUUCCACCCAGAGGAGGCCAUAUUUACUCUGAGUAACACACAUCCAAAUAUCAUCAAGUCCUAUGCAUUGGUACUGAGACAUGGAACACCAGAAAUCAUAAUGGAGUAUGCUGGUCAGUCACUGCUGAGCCUGUUGAAUGAGAAGAAGACCCUCCCUGAAGUCACUAUAUGGUCUUUGACCUGGGAGUUCUGUAAUGGCCUGUCUUAUCUGGAUUCGAAAAAUGUUAUUCACUUUGAUAUCAAACCUGAGAAUAUUUUUGUGAUGGAGGAUGAAGAAGGAGGUUACCUUCUGAAGAUUGGUGACUUUGGCUCGGCCAGAAUGCCAGAAGGCCCCAUUGAAAUGACCGCCUGGACCCCCGAAUACUUGGCACCAGAGAUGGCUAAGCUUUUCCUCAGAAAGAACUUCCCCCCUCAUGUCCUGAAAAUUAAACAGACAGAGCAGGAUAUUGAAGCAAGUCUCCAACCCAAGACAGACAUGUAUCCUGCCGGUCUCGUGGUGUGCUUCAUGUAUGUAGGGGAGCAUCUACUGCUUCAGUACAUCAGGAGAGCUAAGCCAGAUGUUACAGAUGAGAAACAACAAAGACUGGCUGUGAUUGGACAUGUGUCCCAUGAGACAGAGUUAGGUGUAAGUUUGAUUCCAGAGGCCGCUGGACCAGAAAUGAAGGCUGUGCUGCUGGGAAUGCUGCAAUAUGAUGUGACCAAGCGUGCCUCUGCCAAGAAAACACUGGAACUUAUGACAACCCUCUCAGCCCAGAAAAACAAUGAAAACAAAGUUACACUGAGUAAAGGGAUAAAACCACAAGUGCUUAAAAUCCCUGUCGGCUCUGAAGGGGUUAACAGUAAGGAAAAGAGGAUACUACCUGUCAAAUCCAAGGCAAGAAACAGAAGGUCAAGGUCAAGGAAAGAAUGUGAGCCCCUGACUUCACAGAUGCCUCAGAUGUCACGGAAGGCAGAGGAAAUCCUGAGUGAGAACAAGCAACUGAGAAAACGUAUUGUUAGAAGUGAACUGAAGAGAAAGUUACAAACCCGUCCCACUGCAGCUGUGGCAGCAAAAGUCGUAAAAACUGGGGAGGCAAAGGAAGAAAUAGAUCAUAGCCAAGGAGGGAUCAGUGAGGGUAGUCAGGUAGGAGGCUUCAGUGAGCAGUUUGUCCCCCUGGAGCAACCCUUCCCAGAGAUUCAGAUCAGUGAACAUCAACAUCCUGUCUGUCAGGCUGAAGAUGAUUGGUCCAUUCAGGAAUCUGCUGCUCCUGGCAAUAUGCCAGAUUUUGGAUGUCUUGGGAUUGAUGACAAUUAGAGCAAUGGCGUUAGCUUGUUUGAUUAGUUUAAUUUUUUUUGGGGGGGGGUGUUUAAUUUUAAGGGUUGAAUCUCUGUAACAAUUGAAUGAUCUUUUUUGCCUAAUGUUUGUCUUUUAUUAUACGAAUUUGUCAUUGUUUUUUUUUUUUGGUUUAGUAAAUGUAGAGCAUUUAAAUUAUCAAAUGUUUGCAUGCUUCAUCAAAUUUGUUGCUCAUGGUGAAAUAUCAUAUCUGUGAAAUACGAGGGCCGUUCAAAAAUUACGCGGACUUGUUGUACAGAAAAUAUAUUUGACGACAUAAUUAAGCAAAAAGUCAUAAAUAAUAUAAAAGAAUCUUUUCAUAUAUGAUCAUCAAAAUUUCAAAUCAAAAUAUUGUAAAUUGGUUUCAAUUUCAAGUGAUUUAACAGGACAUCUCAUGAAGUCACGGCGCAGUAAAACUUUCAACGUCACGGGCAUUUUUAAAAAUGGGAGCUUUCAUUUUCUCAAUAUUUUCCCUUAGUAUUUGAUACUGUAUAAUUUGGGUUACCUUAUCCACUCAGAAUAAACAUCCAUAUACCAUUUCCGAUUCAGGUUAAAAACUAUAAAACUAUUAUUAUGUGUUUUAGUUUGUGUUAAAACCUAAAUCUCCAGAUAUUUCUGAAGUAAAGUUUGACGUAAGUCGAUCUCAAUCACAUUCUUAACAGCCCAGAUCAGUGUUUUGUCGAUGAACUUCUUCCAUUCCUCCCGGAUUACCUUUUGACUAAGGUCUAACAGUCUAAAAUUCUUUUUUACAUUUUGUAUAGAUGUGUCGGAUAUUCCGCUGGUUUACUACAUGUUUCAUUAGGAUUAUUUUGGGUAAUUAUUGGCGUUUUCCCAGCAUGAUUAAUGAUGUGAUAAAAGUGCGCUGCUCCGUCAAAUCACGAGACGUCAUUUUUGCAGUUGAUUCGUAGGGGUUACAUCGGAGAAAAAUUACAAUAUUUCUGUUAGUACUUCAAAUAUUACGCCAGAAAUCUAAAUACUUAAUAAUAAAACAAUAAAAAGAAAUUUUAGAGAAAAUUGAUGAAUAAUAUCGUGAAAUAUAGAAAAUAAAUGAAUAAAAUUUUGGAUACCGCAUGUUUGUUCUUUAACAUUUUUGCCGUGCACCGUAUAUCAUCAUCAGCAGUAUCAAAACGGCAAUAAUUUUAUGAGAUAUUAAAUAAAAUCAAAAAAUUUUACCAAGAAUUUAUUUGAAUCUUUAAGAAAUAUGUUCCUGUUAAUUUUCAAUUCUAUAUGACGUCUGUAAGAGUAAAUAAUAGCAGAGUCCGCGUAAUUUUUGAACGGCCCUCGUACAUGUUCAUAUUUAUGUUACAAUUUUAAGCAAAAAAAACUAAAUCUCAUUGUAUAUAUAUACAUGUAUAUGUACUUUUAAAAAAAGCUAGUGUGUGUAGCAUUGUUUGUGUUUGAAGUUACAUGUGGAAAGUUCCUGAGUCAUUUUAUUUAAUAAUUAUUUUUUACAAAUGGAAUGUAUAUUUUUUUUUAACCAUUAUUUAUUAUAUGUAAUAAUAUCAGUUAUUGUCAGUGAGCAUAAAAUGUAGGUGUAAAAUAUUUGUGUAUUGGUAGAUGAAAUAUCAGACUCAAGUACCAUUGAAUAUUUGUACAGAUGCAUGUCAUUUUCUUUAGAAUUUUUUUAAUAAAUACAGGCUUGAAAAAUG